GUAAACCGCGUUUGCUCUGGCCGGAAGAGAAAGGUGCAGCGCUUAGAAGGCUCCCCUCCUAGUACCGGCUUCCGAGCUGUUGCUGUUGCGGACGUGCGAGUAGAUAUCUGAAAAGCUUCCGAGACUCUGGGUUGUGACAUGCCGGGCGGAGGCCACUGCCCCGAUUGCGGCUCCACUGAGCUCGUGGAAGACUCUCACUAUUCGCAGAGCCAGCUGGUGUGCUCAGACUGUGGCUGCGUUGUCACCGAGGGAGUCCUUACUACCACUUUCAGCGACGAGGGCAACCUCCGAGAAGUAACAUAUUCCCGAAGCACAGGGGAAAACGAUCAAGUGAGCCGCAGCCAGCAACGAGGUCUCCGCCGAGUGAGAGACCUCUGUCGAGUCCUGCAGUUGCCAUCAACAUUUGAGGACACAGCAGUUGCCUACUACCAGCAGGCGUACCGGCACUCUGGCAUCCGUGCUGCCAGGCUGCAAAAGAAGGAGGUGCUAGUUGGGUGCUGUGUCUUGAUCACCUGCCGACAGCAUAACUGGCCCCUAACCAUGGGAACCGUCUGCGCCCUGUUGUAUGCGGAUUUGGAUGUGUUUUCUGGCACCUACAUGCAGAUAGUGAAGCUCCUGGGGCUGGAUGUGCCCUCGCUGUGCUUGGCAGACCUGGUGAAGACAUACUGUAGCAGCUUCAGACUGUUCCAAGCUUCCCCAUCUGUGCCAGCCAAAUACGUGGAAGACAAAGAGAAGAUGCUGUCGCGAACAUUGCAGCUGGUGGAGCUGGCGGAUGAGACGUGGCUGGUGACUGGGCGGCAUCCCUUGCCUGUCAUCACUGCUGCUACUUUUCUGGCAUGGCAGUCGCUGCAGCCUUCGCAUCGGCUGACGUGUUCCCUGGCCCGUUUUUGUAAACUGGCGAACGUGGACCUGCCCUACCCCGCUUCCUCCCGCUUGCAGGAGCUGCUCUCCGUGCUGCUGCGGAUGGCCGAGCGGCUGGCCUGGCUGCAGGUUCUGAAGCUCGACAAGCGCUCUGUGGUGAAGCACAUCGGUGACCUUCUCCAGCACCGCCACACGUUGGUCCGCAAGGCCUUUCGCGAUGGAACGGCAGAGAUGGAAGCUGGGGAGAAGGAGCUGCGGGGACGGUGUCAGGGGCCAGAGCAGGGAAAAGAGGAGGUGGCGAGUAGUUCCUUAGAUUUGCCUGAGGGGAAGCGGCCAGCUAGUCCCACCCCUCUCCUCCCACCUUGCAUGUUGAAGCCCCCAAAGCGGAUCUGCCCCCCACCCCCAGUCUCCACAGUCACCGGAGAUGAGAACAUAUCUGAUAGUGAAAUAGAGCAGUAUUUGCGUACCCCUCAGGAAAUUAAGGACUUUGAAAAAGCUCAAGCUGCAAGACAGGCUGCCAGGAGUGUUUCUAACCCUCCCUGAUGUACAUCCGGGGGAGCACUCACCACAUUCUGACAGCAGCUUAAUAAUAAUCCUGUCCUAUCUGGAGAAAUCAGCAUAUGUAAGUCCUUAGGUGUUUUCUUGUUUAAAGGAACCAAGGGACUCUGCAAUUACCUGGACCCUGGGUCCUGGAAUAGAAGUUGGGAGCAGUGCAGGGACGAUUGGCUUGGAGAGAAUCGGUCCUUUGGUGCCGGAGAAGUGGCCCAUGUUUGUAUUACGUGGGAUGGCUUUCCUCCUAGACUGGUUGGAGGAGGUUAGGCUUCCUCCUGGUUUGAACCAGGUACAAUGCUGCUGCUACAGGCCCGAUGAUGGGCCCUCGCUGCUGGUGUGGAGCGGGUGGUAUCUCGAACGGUAUCAGCCCCCAGAGGACAGGAACUGGGCAGCUGUGGGCCCAGUGUCCACCUAUAGGCAUCGAUGAGUUCUUGUGUAUGAGGUCAUGAAAUCCUCCACUUCAUAACAAAAGGACCGUGGGUGGACUAAGGUUAUAGCUCAAGGGCUUUGCAAAAUUUUAAUAUAUUAAAACAAGAGGCAUCUGCUAGAAAACAUUCUAUUGUAUAAAACUCAAGCUUUUAAAAACA